ACCAGUUUACCAGUUUUUGUGUUUUCGAGAAUUUUUAGUAGUUAUUGAUAUCUUUGUCGAGCAAGCGUUUUUCAAUUAUAUUAGUCGAUAUUUUCAUAAACGUAAUGCAUACACUUUUUGCUGGCAUACAUUUAAAAGACAAAGCAAAUGAGUUUUUUCCUUUGGAAAAUAUUGACUUCGAUCGUAAUGUACAUUACUUGAAAGAAGAAAUUGCUAAGAAAGUGCAGUGCGAUGCAAUAAAAUUGGAAAUAAUAUAUCGCGGUACAGCCUUAAAAGAUGAGAAAAAAUUAUUGGAAACGGUACGUCCCAAUGGCACAGUGCAUUGUUUUAACAAGACAAAGCAAUAUACGCCUUACGUUCCCCCAGAAGAUAUAACCAACUUAAUGAAUACCACUUGUGUUCAUGUGCUUUUAAGUGUUAUUUCGAACACUCAAAUAAGUGUAAACUCACGCGUAAAUAUUCUACAAAAAGUAUUGGCGGAAUAUCCAGAGUUUCGCCAUAAUUUAGGAGCACAAGCUCUUAUCAGAGAUUCAGUACUUUUUAAUAACCUUCAUAAUAAAGAAGUUGUUGAUAACAUAGCUUAUUACUACCCUAUUAUAUGUGAUGCUGCUUCAUUUAUGGUAGAUACAAUUAAGAAAGAAUUGGCUCGAAGCUCAUCCACCACAAAUUCAGAACCAGCAACUGAUUCAACAAAUUCAUCAGAGGAAGAAAACACAGUCAGCGCGAGCACAAGUACUGAUCGUCGUUCUGGACCGGUUAUUUCACAAUCGGAACAAGCUCGUAUACGCAUGAUAAGCCGCCAACAAUUGCAUGCUGCUCUCACACGAAUUGGUGGCAACUCAGUUAAUUCACUUUCAAAUAUCGCUCAAAGAAAUAGUGAUGCCGAUAGAGCAUCCGGAACAGCAACAACAUCACACUCCACCACUGCUAAUACAUCUGCCCCACUCUCAAACUCUGCCAGUGGUGAUCGUAUCUCCUCAACUCUGUUUCGUUCGGAAUUGCAACGCGCUUUAGAAUCACUAAGUCAACGGGUUACAACAUCCGCGGUUGGUAACAAUGAGCCGCAACAGCAGGGCAGAGAUGCACACGAAAUGGACACCACAGAAACAGUAACUACAGAAAGUAAUGCCGAAGAUGGUAGUGAUGAAUUACCGGCGCAGUAUCGCACCCAUCAAUAUGCUAAUCAAUUACGCACCAUGGUGCAAAUGGGUUUGAUAAAUUAUGAAGACAACCUAGUAUAUUUAACUAUAUCCAACGGUGACAUUGAUGUCGCUGUUAACCUUAUAAUGGGAGGAAUAAAUUAAUGAAAUGAUACGCAUGGCAGGUACCAAUAACAAAAAUAUUUAAUGUUGUUUCGAAUUUUUGUAAACUGUGUAAUAAAUUGACAGUUGCUUUUACUA